AUGGCCGCAGAACGACCCGGGGGCGACGCUGAGUGCGACGGAUUAACCGUGGACGCGUUAAAAGGCGUCUCAGAAGUAGAUAUAGAGAAGUCGCAAGACGUUGAGAAGGCGGCUACAGCCGUAGACAAGGAGGCGAGGACGGCAGCUGCACUUGUGCACGAGGAGGCGGAAAAGGCCGCUACAUCCGUAGACAUGGGGAAGGCGGCUACACUUGCGGACGAGGAGGCAGAAAAGGCCGUUACAGCCGUAGACGUGGGGAAGGCGGCUACACUUGUGGACGAGGAGGCAGAAAAGGCGGCUACAGACGUAGACGUGGGGAAGGCGGCUACAGUUUUGGACGAGGAGGCUGGGAAGGCGGCUACAAAUGUGGAGGAAGAGGCUGGGAAGGCGGCUACAGCCGUAGAGAAGGAGGCUGGGAAGCUGGCUACAGCCGUGGACGAGGAGGCUGGGAAGGCGACUACAAAUGUGGAGGAGGAGGCUGGGAAGGCGACUACAAAUGUGGAGGAAGAGGCUGGGAAGGCGACUACAGAUGUGGAGGAGGAGGCUGGGAAGGCGACUACAGAUGUGGAGGAAGAGGCUGGGAAGGCGACUACAAAUGUGGAGGAAGAGGCUGGGAAGGCGGCUACAGCCGUAGAGAAGGAGGCUGGGAAGGCGGCUACAGCCGUGGACGAGGAGGCUGGGAAGGCGGCUACAAAUGUGGAGGAGGAGGCUGGAAGGGCGGCUACAGCCGAGGAGGCGGAGUUAGGGGAAGUGACAAUAGCGGGGGCUGCUGCUGAGGAGGAGUUACACCAAGUGACAAUAACGGAAGCAGAGGCUGUGACUGGUGAGCCAGCUGAGGCGGAGUUAGACCGGGUGACAAUAACGGGGGGAGAUGCUGAGGAGGAGUCACACCGAGUGACAAUGGCGGAAGCAGAGGCUGUGACUGCUGAAGCAGCUGAGGGGCGAUUAGACCGGGUGACAAUAAUGGGGGGGAAUGCUGAGGAGGAGGAGUCACACCAAGUGACAAUGGCGGAAGCAGAGGCUGUGACUGCUGAAGCUGUUGAGACGCCUUUUGCUGUUGCUGCUGAAGCUGUGCUCUUGGCAGGCGCUCCUGUACCGGAUGCCCUUAUAACAGAUGCUCCUAUGACGGAUGUUCUUGUAACGGAUGCUCCUGUCACGGAUGCUCUUAUAUUGGAUGCUCUUGUAUCAGAUGCUCCAGUAACAGAUGCUCUUGUAACGGAUCCUUCUAUAGAUGAACCUGGAUCAGUUCCGAAUGAAGGGGCCACUGGGGGAGCCACCAGGGGAAGCACUUGGGGUGUUACCAAGGAGGGCGUUACUGGGGGAGGCGAUAUGCUGCUACAGUCUACAGAUGAUGAGGAGACAGAGGAUGAGUGCAGCAUAGAAGAAGGUUCCUUUAAUGCAGAGGGAAUGGAGAAAGACGGGCUUGAAUUUGGCUGCAGAGAGCAAGGCGAGGCCGUGUAUACUAGCAGGGAGCAAGGCGAGAUGAGUUCAGCAGCAGAGGUUGGGGCUACAGGCACGGAUGUGAAGCGAGAGGCGGAGGAGGAAGAGGGACCCCUCGCCCGAACCAACGCCAUCGCCCACACCAUGCGAAAGCUCAUAGUCUUCGCCACUCUUGCCGUCCGGGGCGGCUUGGACUCCCUACUCAAGCUUGAGUUCUCCCAUUUUGUCGUUUUGAACCGGGGAGGGGAGUACCUGUCGCCGCAGUUUCCGGGCGAGCAUGUUGCGUUUGUGCCGCCGCCGAGCCUCGCGCCGAGCCUCGUGCAGAAGCAGUUCUUCCCGAACCUGCAGAACCCGAUCCUGUGCCCGGUUCGGAUUUUGGACGAGGAGGCUCGGAUGCGCCCGCCCGGAGCUGCGCCGAGCCUGUUUCUGUCGGCGAAGUUUUCUCGCGUGCCUUCUUUCGGGCCUCUGAACAGCUACGCCCGCCACCCCAUGGGCCGAACCAACCUGGCUCGCUCCGCCGCCCACCUGGCAGAUGCUGCCAAGGCGCACCAAUCAAUAGCCCGAUUCUAA